CGCGAGAACAGUAUUGGUGAUGGCAUUACCUUAUUGAAUUGACUUGGAAGAAGACCUCCGCCGAGCACUGCUAACCGUCCAGUUCAACAAGAUUACUCCACAAUCGGUCUGAAAAUAGACUACUGCCUCCCCAGUAACAAAUGUUCGAGAAGUUUGCCCAGCUCAUGCAUCACGGCAGCCAUGGUUAGCGUCAGGUCCAUCUCCAUCCUUCUACUCUUUGUCCUCCACAAAAUCGAGCGGGUUUCAUCUGCCAACAACGAGCAGUUCACCUAUGAAGGUUUCACUGGUGCAAACCUCACCCUUGACGGCGCUGCCGCUGUCACGCCAAGCGGCCUGCUUGCUCUAACCAACGACAAGCACACCAAAGGCCAUGCGUUCUUCCCGGCUCCUCUCCACUUCCACAGGCCAGUGAGCGGCACCACCCUCCAGUCAUUCUCAGCCACUUUCGUGUUUGCCAUCAGCUCUGAACACGCCCAGCUGAGCGACCAUGGCCUCGCCUUCGUGCUCGCACCCAGCAGCAACCUCUCGGACGCCACUGGAGCACAGUACUUGGGGCUCCUCAACAUCAGCAACAAUGGCAAGCCCAGCAACCACAUCCUCGCUGUCGAGCUUGAUACCGUCCUCAGCCCCGAGUUCCAUGACAUAGACAGCAACCAUGUCGGCAUUGACGUGAACAAUCUCCAGUCCAUGGAGUCUCACACUGCCGGCUACUAUGAAGACGGCACUGGCAAGUUUCUGAACCUGACACUGAUGAGCCGUAAGGUCAUGCAGCUGUGGGUGGACUACAGUGGCCAGGCCAUGGAGCUCAAUGUCACCUUAGCUCCUCUGGAUGUUGAGAAGCCCAAAGACCCUCUGCUGUCAACCGCCAUCAACCUUUCAGAGAUAGUGAACACUACAGCAUACGUUGGGUUCUCAUCGGCGACAGGUCUCUCCAUAGCAUACCAUUACAUACUUGGCUGGAGCUUCAGUUUGAAUGGAGCUGCACCUGUCCUCAACUCAUCUAACCUACCUGAGCUGCCAAGAUUACCUCACCAGAAGCGCUCCCUAUCUGAAACUUUGGUGAUAGUGCUGCCAUUUGCCACAGCUGGUUUCAUCAUCGCAUUGCUCAUUGUUGUAUUCAUGUUUAUGCAAAGAUGGUUGAGGUAUGCUGAGCUCCGUGAAGAUUGGGAGGUCGAGUUCGGGCCGCACCGGUUCUCUUACAAGGACCUCUUCCAUGCUACUAAAGGGUUUGUGAGCAAACAAUUACUUGGGACAGGAGGGUUUGGGAGAGUGUACAAAGGGGUCCUUCUAGAAUCUAACUUGGAGAUUGCAGUAAAGAUGGUGUCGCAUGAUUCUAAGCAAGGAAUGAAAGAGUUUAUCGCGGAAAUCGUUAGCAUGGGGAAGCUUCGACACAAGAAUCUAGUGCAGCUACUUGGAUAUUGCCGUCGCAAAGGCGAACUUCUAUUGGUCUAUGACUACAUGUCAAAUGGUAGCCUCGACAAGCAUUUAUAUGACCAGAGCAGACCUGUUUUAAGUUGGAACAUGAGGUUCCACAUCAUCAAAGGCAUUGCAUCUGGUUUGUUGUACCUCCAUGAGGAUUGGGAACAGGUUGUUGUUCACCGAGACAUCAAGGCAAGCAAUGUUCUUCUUGACAGUGAAAUGAAUGGAUGUUUAGGUGACUUUGGCCUUGCAAAGAUGUACAGUCAUGGCACCAACCCAAGGACCACAAAUGUCGUUGGCACCAUGGGGUAUCUCUCCCCUGAGCUGCUCCGCACAGGGAAAGCAUCACCAGGAACCGAUGUUUUUGCAUUUGGGAUGUUUCUAUUGGAGGUGACCUGUGGACGAAGGCCACUAGAGCAUGACCAGGUCGUGCUGCUAGACUGGGUGCUCGAGCACUGGAACAAAGGAGCAAUUCUUGACACGGUGGAUGCACGGUUGAGUGAUCAGUACAGUGCAGAAGAGGCGAGCUUGGUUCUAAAGCUGGGGCUCCUAUGCUUGCAGCCAAUGCCUAAUGCACGGCCUAGCAUGCGGCAAGUCUUGCAGUACCUCGAUGGUACAUUGACAGUCCCAGAAAUGGCAAUGAUGAACCUGGACUAUGGCACUCUGAUGUUUCUGCAAAGUGAGGGGUUCGACUCAUAUGCCAUGUUGGAUGCGUCAUCAUUUGCAACAACAAGCAUCGGUCCUGGAUCUGACCUCUCAGGAGGACGAUGA